GUAGACGGCGCCCACAAGUCAGCCUCGAGGAGUUUAGUUUCCUUGAAAAGGUUUGCAGGAAAACUACGCCGGAGGAAAGGACUUGGGCUAAGUUGGUGAACCCGAGGACCAUACAUUGGUACUGCGACGGUCCUGAGCCCACCCAAGAAGCAAUUAGAUACGACGAACGAGUUCAUAGACAGAUGGAAGACGCAAAAAGGAGAGCUUUGAUCAAAUCCCAAGCCGUCAAGAAGAGGGAAUCCGGCGAGGAGGUACCUAAGGUGUCGGCUUCAGCCCCUAAGAGGAAACUGACAUCAAAAUCCGACCGUCCAUUUAAGCAACCAAAGGUCUCUCUCGAACCUGUGGUCGGUUUAAUGGCUGAGGGUAACAAGACCGUCACCCCAGCUAAGCAGGGGACGGGUAAAGGAUUGAUGACGGCCCCAGAAGGUAAGCAAGAGAGACCUCCCUCCCUUCUCCGCGACGACUCCAAGUAUGCAUUGGAGAAGCUGUCGUCCAUCAUCACGGCGGAAGACUAUGAAGAUCUUGGAAACCAUUCGACGGAGGCCAUGGGGGAGACGGGCCUCUUUGCCGUCGCUCAGUCCUUGGUCAUGAUGAAGGGACUACUGGACCGGUGUCUCAACCGUGAGAAUACCUUGGACCGGGUGCGCGCGAAGGCGGAGCAGACGGAGGAAGAGCUCGGACAACUCCAUAAAUGGAGGUCCAAGAUGGAGAAGAAGCUGGAGCUUUCUGAGAAGGUAAGGAAGGAGCUGGAGGAGAAGACGGCCUCUGCGCUGACGGCCAUAGAGAAAAAAGAGGCGGAGAUCAAAGAACUCAAGGAAGAGAUCCGUCAUGCGAAAGAGGUAGCCGUCGAGGAGUACCGAUGCUCGGAGUCCUGUUUGGGUGAGCUGUCGGACUCCUUCCUUCAAGGCUUCGAUGAUUCUCUCCGUCAAGUCAAGAAGGCCUAUCCAGAGCUGGAUUUGUCAAUGGUCAAACUUGAGGACCAAGCCCAGACUUCUGCCCUCCCCGUCGCCUCCGAAAAUACGGAGGACCUCUUUGGCGACGGCGCUGCUCAAGGAGACGGAGAGUCCGUCCCGUCGAAGGAUGUCCAAGUUGCUGAACAAAAGGAAGAUUAACGUCUAUGUAAUUCAUUUUGUGGACAAUCCGUCCAUUCUCUUUUUUUUUUUAUUUUUUUUUUUUAUUCACAUUUCAAGACAAUCCGUCCUUUUUAAUUGUAUUAAACAUUUGCCUUUGGGGCUUUUGGCUUAAUGUUCACAUAUGCUUUUUAUAAUUGUUUGGUACUCUGUUUAAAGCUCCGUCCUCCUUCUUGAGGAAGGAUUUUUGUGAGAAUAUUUGUUUAUCUGUGAUACUCCGUCCACAUUGCAGACUUGUUAUCUUGUGUUGAUUGAGCAUUUACAUCAGUGAGGAUUUUCCUUUUCCGUCUGUUUUGAGAGGUUUAUUAUGAGGACAGUCCACUUUGUGGCGUUGUACAUCAUUUUUAAAUGUAUCGCGUAUUUAAUGGACUUGUAGAAAAUUUUAACGUAGCUAGUUGUCCGUCCACUUCGCUUACACGCUCUUCUAUUAUUUCCGUCUGUUUUGUGGACAUGUAUUUCAACAUCUUAGUGAUCCGUCCACUUUGGGGACAGUUUUUCAAUCACCUUAGUGAUCCGUCCACUUUGUAGACAGUUUUUCAUCACCUUAGUGAUCCGUCCACUUUUCGGAUUUAUAUCAUCACCUUAGUGAUCCGUCCACUUUGUGGACUCAUGUUUCAUCACCUUAGUGAUCCGUCCACUUUGGGGACAGUUUUUCAAUCACCUUAGUGAUCCGUCCACUUUGUAGACAGUUUUUCAUCACCUUAGUGAU